AGAGAGAGGAGGGGGGCUGAGAAGCUGAAACCUAAGCUUUCUGGACUCUAUUUUCCAUUCCUUCAGGCAUUCUGUGGCUUGUAAAAAAAUGCACUGUAUAUUUGAAGUGUUGGAUCACGUGACAGGGAGGGUUUGUAAAUCAAAGUGCAUAAUGAUUUCAGUAGGGGAGAGAGAGGGAGCAAGAAGAGAGUGAGUGAGUGAGUGAUCAAGGGAAAGAGAGAGAGGGAUAGAGAGCGAGAGAGAGAGAGAGAGAGAGAGAGAGAGAGAGAGAGAGAGAGAGAGAGAGAGAGAGAGAGAGAGAGAGAGAGAGAGAGAGAGAGAGAGAAAAAAGGGAGAGGAAGGCAGAAUGCAACAGGCUGUGCUUUAUCUUCGCUCUGAGAGGGACUUCUGACUGAUGAACUGAACUCUACUACACAUAACUCAAUCCACUAUCUUCCUUCAUUCGUCCAUCUGUACUCCAGACACACUGCAGAGCUGAGAGCGUAGAUCUGAGGCAGUGUUGCCCAGGCUUGGUGUCUCGUCUGUGGGUCCCACCUCAGCUCAUCAUCCUUCCUCAGCCCUGUACUCUCCAGGCCCGCAGGACCAACCCCAAUAAGACCACUGCCUGAGCGGGACAGUGGACCGGAGCUAUCCUGGACCGGAAUUAUCCUCUCAACGCCAUGGCAACCAAUAGGGAACGGCAGGUGGGUCACAUGACUGGCUUUUCACCUGCUGUCUACCCCUUUGCCUUCAACUCCAUGAGGAGCCACUCCCCCUUCGACCUGCUGGCCAAUAGCAGCCUGUUUGGACGAUUUGGGGCAGACCUACCGAAAGAGAUGGCUGCAUUGUCAGUAGAGACCCAGAGCACCAGCUCUGAGGAGAUGGUGCCCAGUUCACCCUCUCCGCCCCCUCCUCCCCGCAUCUACAAGCCUUGCUUCGUGUGCCAGGACAAGUCCUCUGGAUACCACUAUGGGGUCAGCUCAUGUGAGGGCUGCAAGGGAUUCUUCCGGCGCAGUAUUCAGAAGAACAUGGUGUAUACCUGCCACCGAGACAAGAACUGUCAGAUCAACAAGGUGACCCGUAACCGCUGUCAGUACUGCCGGCUGCAGAAGUGCUUUGAGGUCGGCAUGUCCAAAGAAGCGGUGCGUAAUGACAGGAACAAGAAGAAGAAAGAUGUGAAGGAGGAGGUGGUGUUGCCGGAGAGCUAUGAGCUCAGUGGAGAACUGGAGGAGCUAGUCAACAAAGUCAGCAAGGCCCACAAAGACACCUUCCCCUCACUCGUCCAGCUGGGCAAAUACACUACAAACUCCAGUGCAGACCACCGUGUGCAGUUGGAUCUGGGGCUGUGGGAUAAGUUCAGUGAACUUUCCACCAAGUGCAUCAUCAAAAUAGUGGAGUUUGCCAAGCGCCUGCCAGGCUUCACCACCCUCACCAUCGCUGACCAGAUCACACUUCUCAAAUCAGCCUGUCUGGACAUACUGAUGCUGAGGAUCUGCACUCGCUACACUCCGGAGCAGGACACAAUGACCUUCUCAGACGGGCUGACCCUGAACCGGACCCAGAUGCACAACGCAGGCUUCGGCCCGCUCACAGAACUGGUGUUUGCCUUUGCUGGCCAGCUGCUGCCUCUGGAGAUGGACGACACAGAGACUGGCCUUCUCAGUGCCAUCUGCCUCAUCUGUGGAGACCGUAUGGACUUGGAGGAGCCCCAGAAGGUAGACAAGCUGCAGGAGCCCCUCCUGGAGGCCCUAAAGAUCUACGCCCGCCGCAGACGCCCCAACAAGCCACAUUUGUUCCCCCGUAUGCUGAUGAAGGUCACGGAUCUCAGGGGCAUCAGCACCAAGGGUGCAGAGAGGGCCAUCACUCUGAAGAUGGAGAUCCCAGGCCCCAUGCCUCCUCUGAUCAGGGAGAUGCUGGAGAACCCUGAAGCCUUUGAGGACAGCAGCGACUCUGGGGACAGCGCCUCUGCCGCCGCCCCCCCCGCCAUCCAGGCCAUCAAGAAAGAGAGAGAGGAGGAGAAGAGCCUGGAGGAGGAAGAUGAGGAGGACGAAUGGGGGGAUGAGGAUAGGGAGAGAGCGGCGGACAGCGAUGGGGAGCCUUGGGGGGAGGCUGCAGUGGCAGCAGGGGGCUCCCAGAAAGGGGCGACUGGGAGAGCCCAGUGAGAGACAUAGUGAUGCACUCUGACCCACACACAUCACCUCCUGCUCCACCACCCUCAGACAGACCAACACUCCCUGUCCUAGCACACAAUCAUCUCCCUACAUGAUCAUCCCAUCCUGUAACAAGGGUCUUUGCCAAGACGUAGCAUUCACCUCUGUUGUGACACUACCCCCCCCCAUACAUUUACAAAUAUAAACACAUACACAUACAUACUGUAUACCCAUAAUAAUUCCCUCUUUGCUCUAGAUAGACAGAGAAGUAAAGGCUGUAUAUGUGUUGAACCUACUCUGACACUCCCUGGUGAAACGGGCCCUUUCUAUAGGAACAAGUGGAACACGUAGUCCGGGAAAUAAGAGAAGAGGGAGAAAAACAAGCACUAAAUGUCACUGAGUUGGGUCAAGGGUCGCGAGAGAUCACUGUGCCAACCAUAACACUGACCAUUAUGUUACUUUACAACGCUGUCGCCAAACAAACAGAAACGCAAGGAGGGGCAGCAGCUUCGAGAGGUGGUCUAUAGGAAAUGCACUCCCCCCACUUUCCUUAACGGCUAGGAUAAGUGAAAGAGCAAUGACGAAACGACAUCUGCAACAACCAAACUCUUAAUGUGGAAACCAUUGCCACACAUGCCUUUGAAAAUAAUUUCCAGUGACAAUUGACCUUUAUUCUUCUAUUGUAUGACUUUCCAAAAGAAAACGUAUACAUUCAUAUUUCAUCAUAUUGUAUAUUCAUGUGUAUUACUAUGCAUUUUUCUAUUUUAUUGUAGUUUUGUAUGUUUGGGCUUCAGUCGUGCUCAUGUUUGAUGAGCCAUCUCAAACUAGCGAUAGAUUCUCAAUCUGGCAACCCAUCUCGCAAACUGGCAACUCUCUUCUGAUCUUUACAUUGUCUGUGCUUGUGACUUCACUCAUUGGGACAGAGCUUACUUUAGAUCUCUGUAGGGUGAGACAAACAAAAACAACAAGGAUUUUUACAUGCAAUAGUUCAGAGCAACACAUACAGUUCAUAAACACACAAACACAUUCAUUAAACAUCCACGUGUGCAGGGUCAAUUUUAUGCUUUUUUAAUGCCAAUGCUUUGACUCAAGGUGACUUCUAGACUCUAGAGAAGGACCACAUCUCACCAGUGGGAAUGUUGAAGAAAAUCACCACAAGGAGGCGUGGGGUAGCACCGAUGGUCCACUACACUCCCUGUUCUUUUCAUCUACAAGCCAUUCAAGCGGGAUCUGAAUGUGAAAGAGGACUCUCUUUUCGUUGUCAUUUGCUUUUGUUCUCAGUGGAAUGCCUGGUGGUCUACCAGGGGGGUCCGAUAUCUGGGUGGGCAGAAUCCAGCACAUAGCUGAGUAUCUGUGAUAAUGAAAGUGGGUGUCUACUCCCAGCCCCAAGCCAAGGCGCAGGUGGUGUGUUGAUAACAGUACAGCACAUUGACAGUAAGCCAUAAUGAGCAGCGAUAUGACAAAGAAUACAUGGAACUGGAUUACUGGAUCACUAAGCAACACUCACCGGACCAGUUCAGUCUAGGGUCCAUUCCAUUGAUCCAAUGGAAUGACUCAAACAUGUAGGUCAUAGUUACACAUAUCAUCGAUGUCCAUGAAAUUUCACCCUCCUAGAGCGAUGAAUAAGAAAUAUUGGAAUUAUAUGCAAACCCAUGAGAGGGAGAUAGCCUUGUAUGAGCUGCCUGAAUCAGGAAAUGACUGUGUGUGUGGUAUGUAGAUGUGUGUUUGAAUGAGUGUGAGGGUGAGCGUGAGAGUGUUUCUCACAUUACUUGUAUAAUGUACAUUUUGUGUUUUGUGCUUACUUUACCAUAGAGCAGAUGAGACAGUAUUUUGGAAACUGUCUACAUACAUAAACUGGGUUAUAGGAGUUGUGGUCCAUAGUUCUGUCCAAGAACAUGCACAGAACCAUAUGGUUGAUUUUCUUACUACAGUCAUAUAGAGAAUUCUUCAUUUGUAAAGUGAAUGUAUGCCAGGGCUCUCCAGCCCUGUUUCUAGAGCGCUACCCUCCUGUAGGUUUUCACUCCAACCCCAGUUGUAACAAUCCUGAUUCAGCUCAUCAAUCAGCUAAUUAUUAGAAUCAGGUGUGCUAGAUUAGGGUUGGCGAGAAAACCUACAGGACGGUAGCUCUCCGGGAAGAGUGUUGGAGAGCCCUGAUCUAUGCAAAGCUGGGAUUCUGGCAUUCUUUUGAUGUCAUUUCAUUUUUGAUAUACUGUACUUUACAUGUGUAAUAAGAAAUGUUUCUGAUGAAUUUGAGAUUUAGAUAAGUUAGUCCAUUUAGAAUGACUACAUUUCAUUCUCUGAAAGUCCACAAUGGAGAUAUUCCACCCAGUUCUCUAUACAUGUAUCUUCCUGUCCCAAGCAUUACUGUACAAGAUAUUACUUUGAUAAAGGAGCGGCAUAUUAAUGCUCAUAAUAACUCAAACCCCACAUCUACAGUAUAUUCAGAUUGCAUACCGUUGGCACCUUGCCGUUGGCCUCUUACUAUGACAAACAGACACAGCAGUGUGUGGAUUUAUUCAAACCUGUGGUUGUAAAGCAUUAACAUGGACCUCAGGCUGAGUAAGACUUCCAGUGUAUGGAAUGGAUUUGGAGUUAAUCCCCAGUGUGCAUUGAGGCCAUUAGUUAUUCUGAAAGAGUGAUUUACAUCUUCACGUCAGCAGCCACUGGCCAAGCCUACGCCUUAGUCAGUACUCAGCCCUCAUGGAGUAGAGGGAGAACUUUCCUAUACAGUCAGUCACACCCAGAUGCAUAAACCUCAACCCUUACUGGAGCGCAGUUCACACACUGUAGCUACUGUAGUGGGAUAUCUGACAGCGCUCGUUCAAAACAAAAGCCAUAUUAACUGUGUUCUGUGUGUGUUUGGUCUCAUAAUGCUGCAGAGGACUCUCAGCCUCUGUCUCACAAUAUUAGUCACAUUAGCAAUAUAUUUGAUACCAUCGUCAUACCUCUAAAUGAGAUUUUCAAUCAGGUUCAUUGGACUCCCGGGGAGCUUCUUGGAAUAGCAGUAAUGAAUAAAGGACAUUUAUUUAAGUGUUUGUUCAUUGUUUCCUUUUUAUAUACAGUAGUCAAUGUUUUGUUUGAAGCUAAGCAGAUGUAGCAAAAAGCCAUGGUUCUUGUGCAUUUAGCGAGCACUUAGCAAGCAACCAAUGUAGAAAGAAAUCUAGAUGUGGGAACCUGUAUUUUCUUAGGCCUAUUUGAAGAAAAUGGGGCAUAUAUUUUGGUGCAAAAGCUUUUCAUAGACAGCUGACAUUUAGUAGUGAUUGUUUGAUGGUAACUGAAAAUAGAUUGGCCAAAGAAAAAACAAUUACACCAGUGUUAUAAUUCAUGAAGAAUCUCAAUUAGGUCAUUCAUUUGAAAUAUGUGUGCUAUUUUUGGAGUUUGAAUAUUUGUGGCUCUUCACAGCUUUUAUUAUUGAUAAUAAGCGCUUCCUUUUCAAUGCUUUAGGAUUCUUGGGUAUUUUAUGAGAAAGAAUAGCUUUUCAGAAUGUACUAUACUUAUUUUAAUUUGCAUUUUGUUCUUAUUUGUUGGUGUUACUUUUUAUAACCAUAACUUUACAUUUGAAUUGAAUUUGUAAAAUACUAAGGAUACAACAUUUUAAUUAAAUUCAGGGAUUUCAAAAUCAGCCUAAGAUUUGUAUUUCUGUUUGUGUCAAAACAUGAAAUCCCCAUUUUUGUUUGUAUGCUCUUUUGAGAUAAAAUGUACUGGUAGUUUGUUUUUCUAUUGUUUUUCUACCUGCUGUCCCUUUCUCAAACAACGCUUUGUGUAGCCUGUCGUUGUUGUUACUAUUUUAUUUUAUUUUAUUGUCAUUGAGGCAGUUGUCUCUUCUGUACGUCUGGAUGUUGUUGUAUUUUCAAAUAAUUUGAUUUUAUAAAGAAACUUCUCUUUUAAA